AUGUUUAAGGCUCAAGAAGAUAUGCUGUCUAAGUUGACAAGUUUGUUGGAAGGGAGAAACCCGGAACAUGGAAAGGCCCCUGAGCAAAUGACUGGAGAACCACUUUAUCCUGCAGGGAAAAUGACUGGGUACAUAGGGGACGAUCAACUGUUGAUCCAUUAUUUCCAAGAAAGCUUGACAGGCUCAACAUUGCGAUGGUAUAACCAACUAAAAAAGGCUGAUAUUAGGUCAUGGAAAGACCUUGCUAAAUCCUUUCUCGACCAGAAGCUCGAGGGAGGAGAGUCCAGCAACAAACCGCCGAUAAAGAAAAAGGAAAACGAAGUCACCCAGGUGAGCCAGUACGAUUCCAGUAACAUCACAAUGUCCCGAUCUCAGGGAACGGUGGCACCACCUCAAAAUGAGAAUAGACAAGGAGCAAGGGACCCGAGGAGAGGGAUGCCUCAAUUUGAUCCAAUUCCUGUAACCUAUAAGGAAUUAUUUCACGAUUUAUACGAUCGACAUCUAGUCUCUCCUUAUCAUGUGGUACCUAUACAACCUCCUUAUCCCAAAUGGUAUGAUGCUAAUGUUAAGUGUGAUUACCAUGGUGGGAAUCCUGGACAUUCCAUUAAAAAUUACACUGCAUUCAAAAAGGUCGUUCAAUCUUUGAGAAGGAGGAUUGUUAUCAAUUUUGGUGACAGUGAACAACCAAAGGUAGCCCAAAAUCCAUUGCCAAACCAUGCUAGAGCCGGGAUUAACGCAGUCGCUGAAGAGAAAGGAAAGAGGAUUGUUAUGGAUGUUAGUGAGGUGGAAUCACCCAUGCUUUGGGUAUGGUGCCAAAUGGUUAAAGUGGGAUUGUUGAAGCCUAGUCUAUCAUGUGACCAGUAUAGCAGUGAAGAGGUGUGCCACUACCAUAAUUGCGCAGGACACAAUAUACAACAGUGUCCUGAUUUCUUAAAAUUGGUACAAGGGAUGAUGGACAAGAAAGAAAUCGAAUUCUUCAAAGAAGUGACUAAAAAAGAAAAAGCAGAGAUUUGCGCUUCUGAAGGAUCAUCCAAAGGGAUACACACUGUUGGUUGUCCCAUCGUCAUUACUCCCAAGAAUCAAGUGAAUGAAAGGGUAGCUCCUUCAACUCCGUUCCCAUACAAAGAUAAUAAACAAGUGCCCUGGAGGUAUAAUUGUCAAAUGAGAGAGGGGGCAAAACAACAAGAAGAAAUAAAUGGAGUAGGGCACUUGACCAGAAGUGGUAGGUUUUUUUUCAAAGAGCCAGAGAAGAAGAUUGCUGCUGAAAAAGGAAAGAAUGUCGAUGUUCAGAUAAAAAAAGACGAACUCAUUAUCAAUGAACUGGUGUCGAAGGAUGAAACAGUGGAAUUCUUAAAAAUUUUAAAACAUAGUGAGUUCGGUGUUGUGGAACAAUUGCACAAGCUGCCUGCUAGUAUUUUUAUCCUAUCACUUCUUUUGAGUUCAGAGGCUCAUCGCAACGUCUUGAUAAAAGUUUUGGACCAGACCUUUGUCUCGAAGGAGUUACCCACAGAAAAGCUGGAGCGACUAGUUGCCAAAAUGCAGGCUGAUAACAUUGUAUCUUUUUCAAAGGAUGAGAUCCCUUCGGGGAUGAUUGACAAUCAUAAGGCUCUACACAUUACAGUUAGGUGCAAAGGGCACGUUUUAUCCAGAGUACUUAUAAGCGAUGGUUCAACGUUAAAUGUAAUCCCCUUGGUGACUCUAAAAAGCUGCCAGUGGACAGUACCCUGA